AUGGGGAGAGGGAAGAUUGUGAUCCAGAGGAUCAAUGAUUCGACGAGUAGGCAAGUCACUUUCUCCAAAAGAAGAAAGGGUCUCAUUAAGAAAGCUAAAGAACUCGCUAUUCUCUGCGACGCCGAGAUCGGUCUCAUAAUUUUCUCCAACACCGACAAGCUCUAUGACUUUGCCAGCUCCAGUAUGAAAUCGGCUAUUGAACGAUUUAACAAGACCAAGAUGGAGCAGCAACAACUAUCAAACCCAGCUUCCGAAGUUAAGUUUUGGCAGACAGAGGUCACAACUCUAAGGCAAGAACUUCACUCAUUGCAGGAUAAUCAUCGACAACUAAUGGGACAGCAAUUAAAUGGUUUGAGCGUUAAGGAGUUGAUCACUAUAGAAAGCCAACUUGAAAUGAGUUUACGUGGAAUUCGUAUGAAAAAGGAGCAAAUUUUGACCAAUGAAAUCAAAGAACAAACCAGAAAGAGGAAUAUUAUUCAUCAUGAAAACCUGUUGUCGAGAAAAAUACAAAGGAUUCAUCAAGAAAACGUAGAACUACACAAGAAGGCUUAUGCAGCGUCAAGCACAAAUGGAAUGGGGCUUCGUGAGCUAGAAGAUCAGCCGAUGAAUCCCAUGCACAGGUUAGGCUGCAGCUAA